GCAAUUAUAAUCGCAAUUGCUUAUAACACACACUCUACACUUCACACCACGAAACCCUAGCUACUGAGGUUUUUUCACAAAUCUGAUCUCUUCUUCAAUUUCGCUCUUGCUGACCUUUAUCUCACCACACAGAAGUGCCAAUGUACUGAAGGUGCCAUAAUAUUAAGCCUUGAAGAAACUGUAAUGGCUCAAUGCUCUAACAAGGAUAACGGUACAAGUGCAUCUCAAUUAAGUUGGUGGUAUGUAGAUAUAUCUUAUCAAGAACUCAAAAAGGGAAGUUACAAAGUGAAAAGCUCGGAUGAGACAUUCAUUUGUCCAUAUUGCCCUGAGAGAAAACAGGAUUAUAAGUACAGGGAACUCCUUAAUCAUGCUUCUGGGGUUGGUCGCAGUAGUUCAGAAAAGAGAAGUGCUAAAGAGAAGGCUAAUCAUCUGGCUUUAUUGAAAUAUCUGGAAAAGGAUCUUAUGUGUAUGGAUGGCCCAUCAAAAACUGAAGAUAAAGGUGCCAAAUUAUUAAGCCCAAGAGAAACUGUAAUGCCUCACUGCUCUAACACUGAUACUGGUAUAAGUGCAUCUCAAAUAAGUUGGUGGUAUAUAGAUACAUCUUAUGAAGAGCUCAAAAAGGGAAGUCACAAUGUGAAAGCCUCAGAUGUGACUUUCAUCUGUCCUUACUGCCCAAGGAGAAAACAGGACUAUGUAUACAGGGAACUCCUAGAACAUGCUUAUAUGGUGGGUCAGAGUAGUUCAGAAAAGAGAAGUGCUAGAGAGAGGGCCAAUCAUCUGGCUUUAGUGAAAUAUUUGGAAAAGGAUCUUAUUAUUAUGAAUAGUCCAUCCAAACCUGUAGAUAAAGGCCCCAAUAUGUUAAGCCUAGGACAACCUGUAAUGGCUCAAUGCUCUAACAAGGAUACUGGUAUAAGUGCAUCUCAAGUAAAUUGGUGGUAUGUAGAUAAAUUUUACAACGAACUCAGAAAAGGAAGUCUCAUUGUGCAAAUCUCAGAUGAGACUUUCUCGUGUCCAUACUGCCCUAAAAAGAGAAAGCAGGAUUAUUUCUACAGGGAACUCCUUGAACAUGCUUCUGGGGUGGGUCAGAGUAGUUCCCAAAAGAGAAGUGUCCGAGAGAAGGCUACUCAUCUGGCUUUAGCAAAAUAUUUGAAAAAUGAUCUUAUGAUUAUGAAUGCUCCAUCAAAACCUGUAAGUGAAGGUGAUCCCCCUGUUAAUAGGGUGGGUCAGAGUAGUUCACAAGAGAGAAGUGUCAGAGAGGAGGCUACUCAUUUGACUUCAGCAAAAUACUUGAAAAGGGAUCUAACAAAUGUGAGUGGUCUAUCAAAACCUGUAAAUGAAGGAACCACAAUAUUAAGCCCAGGAGAAAUUGUGAUGGGUCACUGCUCUAACCAAGAUACCGAUGUAUGUUCAUAUCAAAUUGGGUGGUAUGUAGAUAAAUCUUAUGAAGAACUCAAAAAGGGAAGUAACAAUGUGAAAACCUCUGAUGAGACUUUCACAUGCCCUUACUGCCCUAAUAAAAAGAUAAAACGGGAUUAUGUGUACAGGGAAAUCCUUGAACAUGCUUCUGGGGUGGGUCGGAGUAGAUCACAAAAAAGAAGUGUCAUUGAAAAAGCUAAUCAUCUGGCUUUAGUGAAAUAUUUGAAAAAGGAUCUUAUGAAUGUGGGUGGUCCAUCAAACCCUAUCGAUCAAGGCACCAUAACAAAAAGUCCAACAGAAACUGUAAUGGGUCACUGCUCCCACACGGAUACUAAUACAAGGACAUCUCAAAUAAGUGGGUGGUAUCUAUAUAAAUCCUAUGAAGAACUCAAAAAGGGAUUUCAUAAUGUGAAAACCUCAGAAGAGACUUUUGCAUGUCCAUACUGUCCUAAUAAAAAGAGAAAACGGGAUUAUGCAUACAGGGAAAUCCUUGAACAUGCUUCUGGGGUAGGUCGGAGUAGAUCACAAAAGAGAAGUACCAUUGAAAAGGCUAAUCAUCUGGCUUUAAUGAAAUAUUUGGAGAAGGAUCUUAUGAAUGUGGAUGAUCCACCAAAAGCUGCACUUGAAGGUACUCCUCCUUUCAAUUCUGAGAAACAGUUUGUGUGGCCAUGGACUGGGAUUGUGGUUAAUAUUCCCACUAGCCAGACAGAAGAUGGACGAUAUGUUGGAGAGAGUGGUUCCAAGCUGAGGGAUGAAUACCUAAGCAGGGGAUUUAAUCUGUGUAAAGUUCGCACUCUUUCAAAUAUCUGGGGUCACUCUGGAACUGCAGUAGUGGAAUUCAAUAAAAAUUGGUCAGGCUUAGAUAAUGCUCUGGCAUUUGAAAGAGCAUAUGAAUUAGAUCAUCAUGGGAAAAAAGACUGGUUUGCUAAUACUGACCAGAAGUAUGGUGUUUUUGCAUGGGUUGCCCGAGCUGAUGACUACAAGAUGAACAAUAUCAUUGGAGAACAACUGCAGAAGAUGGGAGAUAUCAAAACGAUACCUGAACUUAUGGAAGAAGAAGCUCGAAAGCAAGAUAAACUUGUGUGCAGUUUAAAUAAUAUUCUUCAGGUCAAGAAGAAGCAAUUAAAGGAGAUUGAAGCAAAAUACAACAAUACUUCACUUCGCAUGGACAAUGUAAUGGGGGAAAUAAAUAAGCUCACUCAAAAUCACAAUCAGGAGAUGAAGAAAACACAGUCAAGUGCAAUUCAACACUUUCAGAGUAUUUUUAAUGGUCAUGAAAGGCUUAAGUUGCAACUGGAAUCUCAGAAGAGAGAGCUUGAGUUGCGGAGAAUUGAAUUGGAAAAACGUGAGGCGCAUAAUGAAAGUGAAAGAAAAAAGUUGGAAAAAGAGAUUAAGGAGAAUGCAAUGAAAAAUAGCUCUCUUGAAAUGGCUGUUCAGGAGCAACAGAAAGCUGGUGAAUAUGUCUUGAAAAUGGCUGCAGAUCAAAAGUGGCAAAAAGAACAACUCCAUGCUAAAAUCAUCCAGCUUGAAAAACAACUGGAUGUGAAACAAAAAGUAGAAUUAGAGAUUCAACAACUAAAAGGAAAAUUAAAUGUCAUGAAGCGCAUGAAAGAGGAUGGAGACUCAGAAGUUCUGAAUAAGGUGGAUGUUCUACAUAAGGAUUUAAGAGAAAAAGAACUGUCACUACGAGACUUGGAUGCGCUGAAUCAAACACUGAUUAUUAAAGAGCGUAAGAGCAAUGAUGAGCUACAAGAAGCUCGAAAAGAAUUGAUUAAUGGCAUUAAAGAGAUAUCUUGUCAUGCUAAUAUUGGUGUGAAGAGAAUGGGGGAACUUGAUAUUAGACCAUUCCUCGAAGCUAUGAAAAAAAUUUAUAAUGAGGAGGAUGCAGAAGAUAGAGCUUCAGAACUGUGUUCAUUGUGGGAAGAGUAUAUCAAAGACCCAGACUGGCAUCCAUUUAAAAUUACCAUAAUUGAAGGGCAACAUCAGGAAAUCAUAGACAACGAAGAUGAAAAACUCAAAGGACUGAAAAACGAGAUGGGUGAAGAAGUCUACAAAGCUGUAGUGACAGCUUUGACGGAGAUCAAUACAUAUAAUCCAAGUGGGCGGUACAUAACCUCAGAAUUAUGGAAUUAUGAAGAGGGAAAGAGAGCUACUUUGCAAGGAGGAGUAAAUUUUUUAUUGAUGCAAUGGAAACUACAUAAACAAAAAAGGGGAUUGAUGUGAAGACUGAUAUAUAAGACUACACGUUGCUUUCCAAGAGCUCAAUUUGCUUUGAAGCCCGUAUUCAAGGACUUGAAUAUUUUUAAGGAAUGCAGAAUGUAUUUAAACUAAUUUAGUUUCAAAUGACGUUCCAUGUAUCCAAUUCCAUGGAGGUUCUUCUGAUAACCAAGCUGUAUUCCUAACAAUUAUGCUUACUAUUUAGGUCAACUUCCACCUUAGACCUAAACCAAA